GAGAAAUGUCAAACGUUGUACUAAUUGUGUAUGAUCCGCGGAUGAUUUCAAAGUAUCUUGGUCAAAAAUUGCAUAUGGGCCUUGUCGCCGAUGACAUUAUCAAGCCAACCGCAGAAAUAGCGCAACAAAUAUUUGCUAAUUUUGUGAGGCUUGUGUUAAAUGUGUCGGAAAGCUCGCUGACGACCCUUCCGCUGUCCGCCAACUGUGAUUAUGAUCCAGAAUUGCAUAAAAAGAGCAUUCCUAUCAUUAUUCUCUUCCAAUGCAUGAAAGCAUUUAUCAAAGAUAAUUCUGGCAACAAGCUGGACUUGACGAUGUGCGAUCUCGUGACACCUGCAAAACACGAACAUCGAUUCAGAAAGCUGACAAGUUUUCUUGUAGAUUUUCUGAAACUUCACGAAUUGGCCACUCCAGCGUUCAAUGAAAUUAGCGAAGAGUUCAGUGAUCGAAAGUUCGAAAUGGAAAAGAUUCGGGAAGAGUUGUUAGAAGCCGAGAAGAAGAAAAAUGAUCUUCUCGCGAAACAAAGCAUAAGAAAACGUCAUGAGCAUGAAUUAAUCAACGAACAGAGCAAUGCGAAGGCAGAACUUAAAAAUGUUGUGAACGAAUAUACCGAAACUCGUCAAAUUAAUGAAGAACUCGACAAGCAGAAAGAAGAAGCUAUUCUGCACAUUCAAGCCCUCGAAAAGGAAAUGCUAACUGGUAAAAAGACAAUUGAGCAUUUGAAUGAAGAAGUUCUGACAUCGCCGGAACAGCUGAAACAAGAAAUGGAGGAAAGGAAACGUCACAUUGAAGAGCUCCGCGAUUGUCUUGAAUCAUCAAAAAAAGGCCUUCAAGCAAAACUCGAGGCUCGUGAAAUUUGCAUCAACUCGGAGAAGAACGUGCCAGUGAUUAUUGAGAAGAUCCAUCAGUGGACUGAAGUUCGAGAAGUUAUCAUUGACCUGAUCGAUGUUGAAAGUGAGAAUCUUCGAAAGCUCAAGGAAAUGGAGGAGCAAUUGGAUUUUAUGAUGAAGGAGAUGGAAACGGCACAAAAGCGACUCGUCGAGCAGUCGGAGACUCAUGAACAAUUGCGUAUAGAACACACGCAGAAAAGUGAAGAGCGUCAGCGUAGAAUUGAGGAGAUUACCGAGCAAAUCGCAAAUUUGAAAACUAGUCAGCCAGAUGUGUCACAGGAAAUUGCUAAAAAGAAGCAAGAACUCCUCGCUCUAAAAAACGCACACAGUGAGACGAUUUCCCAAAUCACCAACUCUUGCCAAGAUGCUGUUGCAAAAUUCGCAAAACUUAAUGCAAUGUUCAAAGAAACCCAGAAAGUAGCUUUUGAGAAGAACACUGCAGCUGCACGUGAAAUGGAACGUCUAAAAAGCUCUCUUACCGGACGCCUUCUGAGUGAUUACACAUUCGGAUCAUCGACAAUCGACGCCGGAGAGAACACGGAAAAUUGUGAUCCACAACCUAACGAUUCGAGUUUUUCCGUUUUCAAAUAGAAUGACUCAACUCGAAAAUUUCACUUCAUUUGAUCUCUAUUCAAUGUAAAUGUUAUGCUUUCUUCCAUACCAAUAACAAAAUUUUAACUGAGUCUAAAUAAAUCAUGUGGUCUUUAUU